AAGAAAACUGGGAGCAAACUUCGAUCUUUUGACAAUUAAUACAAUUUAAAAAUUGUAAAAGUGGUAGGUUUUUGGUAGGAGUUUUAGGUUGACUUAGUUCGGUUUUGGUCCUAUGCUUCUUUUCCAACCAAAAAAAAAAACAUUUUAUGUAUUCUCACCUUUAAUUCUGAGUUGGCUUCUGGGCAAGACAGGUAGCUUGUUUCCUGCUUACUUGCAAUACCAAAUUUUUCUAUGUGUAGCAUUUUCAAAAGAACACUGACCAUUCCAAUUACCAAAAUAAAACUUUACAACUCCUAUGUGAGUCAUAAAACUAUGAAAUAUAAUAAUUUUAUAGCAUCAGAUAUUGUAUGUAUAAAAGGCUUUAGGUUUCAUUUGACUCAUUCUGUAAAUAAGCUUUGGGCAGGGCUUCCUGUAAUCCAACAAUGUCGAAACAAAGUAAGUAAACUAAUUUACGAAUACUUUUUUUUGAUAAUUUUUAAUAAAAUUUCUUCUCCACAGCUGUCAAAGUUAUUAAAAAGGUGGCCACAAAGCAGGCCCUUACAUAUCUUUAUGGCUGUUUCCGUGUCAUGGGAAUACACUUUACCAAAAGCCACACUCAUCUUUACCUGAUUUAUGCCAUUGUCAUUCAUAGUUUAACGACAGUGUUUACACCCAUUAGCUUUACGACGAGCUACUUUCGCAAAACUGAUGAGAAUUUCAAUAUGGGUGUGUUCUUGACCUCUGUACAGGCUGUAAUUAAUGUCUAUGGUUGUAUCGUGAAAAUAUUCUUCCUCGUCUACUAUAAGAAAAAAUUGGAAGCUGCCGAAAAACUCAUGGAUCAAAUGGAUCAACAUUGCCAGGCCGAUGAUGAAAUACAGGAGAUAUAUAAUAUACGUAAUCUGGGAAGGCGUAUUAUAAUUGGCUAUGGUAUCGCCUAUUGGAUAUAUACCACGAUGACCUACAUCUCGGCCUUGGCAUCUGGUGUACCAUCGUAUUCUUUAAAUCUAUUUCUUAUUGAUUGGCGUCGUUCGAAAUUGGAAUUUUAUGUGGCUUCAUUUAUCGAGUAUUUCCUGACGAGCUGGACGUGUUUCCAGCAGGUGGCCAAUGAUUCGUAUGGCACAAUUUAUGUCUGUAUCUUGCGGGGACAUGUGAGAAUUUUGCUGCUAAGAAUACGUAAAAUGGGACGAAAAGUAAAUCGAACAGCUGACCAGAACUUGGAAGAGCUAAAAACUUGCAUAAAGGAUCACAAGGAGUUAAUAGAACUCUACAAUGCCAUCUCACCGGUAAUUUCGCGUACGAUAUUUCUACAAUUCUCCAUAACGGCGGCAAUUUUGGGCAUCACACUUGUGAACAUUGCAAUUUUUGCCUCAUCCAUAACCGCUAUGGCCGCCUCAGCAUUUUACAUCGUUGCCGUAUCGGUGGAGAUAUUUCCCUUGUGUUAUUAUGCCAAUUGUUUGCUGUACGACAGUGACACUUUGGCUACGGAGAUAUUUCACUCGGCAUGGAUUGGUCAGGAUAGGCGUUAUCGCAAAAUGUUGAUAUUUUUCAUACAGCGCACCCAGAAGAGCAUGGAAUUGUGGGCUGGGAAAAUGUUUGCCAUAAAUUUGAAUACCUUUAUCAGUAUUGCCAAAUUUUCGUUUUCUCUCUACACCCUGAUCAAACAGAUGGGUAUCAAGGAACGUCUGGGUCUUUAAAGGACAUUUCAAGAUUAUUCUAGCAUUUACCUUGUGUUA